UGUUUUGUCCGUCCUUCCUGCAGAUCUUGAAUCCACGACGCUGAAUCUCUACCUUAACACCAAAAUCGCCUCAUUUCAGAAUUGGCAUGUUAGUGUGCGAUGGCUGGAAAAAAAAACAACCCAAAAUGCCUUUUCUUUCUUAGAAAUGUUUAUAUUUCUUUUUUUUUAAAAAAAUAAGAGAAAUGUUUACAUUUCCCCGUUCAACGUCUCCGUCUUCGUCGAUUUAGAAGUCAAGAACACCUCUCGCUCUCACAUCUAUCCGUCCAUGGCGACGCCGCCGAGCCGGCCGUGGGCGGAGCUGCAGCACGACCUCCUGGUGGCGAUCAUGACCCACGUGGGCGCCCCGGGCCUGCUCUCCGGCGGCGCGCCCCGCGCCUGCUCCUCGUGGCGUGCCGCGGCGCGGGACCCGCUCGCGUGGCGCCGGGUCGACCUCCGCGACUGGGCCGCCCUCACCUCCGGCCGCCGCGCCUCCAGCUCCCGCGUCCCCGUCCACGCCGCGCUUUUCGGCAUCCUGGAGGUCGCCGCCACGCUGGCGGAAGGGCGGAUCGAGGCCGUGCUGCUCCCCGAGUUUGCGGAUGAGGAUCACCUCCUGUUCCUCGCUGAGAGGUGUCCGAACCUGCACUAUUUCAGCCUUCCUAGCACCUGUAUGACUUACGAUCAGUUCUGUAAGGCGAUUGGCGAAUUUCAUUCGCUUAAAGGCAUGGCAGUGGAUGAGAGUCUUAUCAACUAUGAUGUCCUCCUCCACGUGCAUCAGUGCUGCCCAGACUUUGUGGAACUGAAGGUGUCUGCUUUGUACGUGGAUGAAGAGAUGGCUUCGAUCAUCUGCAACUCUCUUCCUCAGCUGAAGAAGCUUGAGAUACCAAGCUCAGACAUGCCUGCCGCUGCAAUAACAAAGUUCCUUGAUUGCCUAGAGGAGCUGGAGUACCUGGACAUAUCAGGUUAUGAGACAUCAGCGAUCUCCAGCACUGUUCUUGAGAAAGCAUCACGGCUCAAGGUCUUUCUCUGGAACUCCAAGUUUGAGCUCGGGGAGUUUGUGGACUGCUCAAACUGUGGGGAGCACAACAUUAACCCUGGAGAGCCCUGUAAGUGCAUGAUGGAGCACAAGGUGAUGGACUGGCUGGCUGGACCUUCACAGGCUUCCUGAACCAAUGGCUUCAAUGUCAUUUUGUUGUUAAAUUAUGACGUUUUUAUCUUUGUAAAAUGUCAACCCUUGUCAUAUUUGGUGUUUGAUCCAUGUAACAGCAAAUCCGUACUUGGAAAUUUUAACUGCACUGUCAUUAUACCUUCUCUGAGAGUCUGAGGCGAAAAGGUUGAGAUCGAUUUCCUUGAA